AUGGGAUUAGAGGAACUCCUUUACGGGUCCAAGAUUAUCAGAGACUAUCUUAAGCUGUUCUCGGAGCAAUAAUGGAACAGAGUGUCCAAGGCUACGAUCAUGCUAGGAAUUGAAUACCUCAAUAAAGUCACUCAUAAUGACCUAAGAUAACUAUCAAUUUAAAAGAUUGAAGACAUUGUUGUUGACCUGUCUAUUUAAGAAGGUUUACCAGGUGGAAAAGAUAAGAAAAGCAAGAAGGAUAAAAAAGAUAAGAAGAGAAAGGAUAAAGAUGAUAAGCAUAAAUUAAAAAGUAAGCAUUUACAGAACACUCAGAAAAGUCUUGCUGACAGUUCGAUCAACGUUGGAACCUUGAAUCAAUCCUCAAGCGCUUCCCUGCCUCUUGAAAGUAGUCUUUACAUGUCUGAACAUCAAAGAAAUGCACCCAAAUUUAAAAAGGAAAAACCGCAGGAUAUUGCAUAAUCUCAAAAUCAAAGCAAUAAACCAAUCGCAUCGAAACCACCUUCAACUUGGAGAAAUGGAUCAACUUAGAGGCCUGAAGGACAAUAAAGAGGAAGGCAAUAAUAGAGUUAAACUUAGGAAAUAGAUAUAUUUCAUGCUAAGCCAAGAGCGGCUUCAUUGAAUCCUCUGAUUUAUCCCUCUUGGUGGGGAUAAGACGACGACUUUGAUUAGGAAAUAAGAAGGGAUAGAUCAAAUGACGCUGUUAAAAGAAAUGCAAGAUAGUAGAAAGUAGAGAAUAAGAGGGAAAAUCCAAGGCAACAACAAGAAGAUACUCUGGAGAGGAAAUUGAGAGAAGCACAGGAAAAUAAGAAGAAACUGUAGAGCAGUAACUAGAAUAAGACUAGAAAUAACAAGAUAUAGUAGAGUUCUAAUUUAGAUCUGAGCUACAGAAGAAAUGAUAACGCUCCUAAUUAUGCUUACACAAGCAAUAAAAAUGUACCUAAAUAUAGUCCAAUAAGAAAUCCAGUGCCAGGUGCAAAUAAUAUCCCAAUGAGUUAUGCUGGUCCUCCAACUUAAGCUGAAAUUAAUAGAAAUCUCGGGAGAAAUCACCAUACAAAUGCAUAUGAUACCAAUUAUAGAAACUAACCAAAGGGAUCAUUCUAAAAUAAAAAUACUGGGGGAUCUUUCAAAAAUGAAAAUACUGGGGGAAUGUCUAGAGGAGGCGGUGGUGGUAUUAUUCUAAGCUAUAGUCCUCCAAGAGAAAGAUAAGAGAGAAAUAAUGGAGUACUCUAAAAUAAGCAAAAUCAUGCUGCCAAACAAAAGUAAAAAGCCAAAUAGCCUACUCAUAUUCCUAUCCCUGCAAGAACGUUAAGACCUCAAACUUAUGAAUAUGAUAAUCCACAAUAGUUGAGACACAGCAACUCCAACAAUGCAAGUAAAUCUAAGCUCCAAUACGAUCACAUUCCAUCUAAAGUGAAAGACUAAAUAGAGUAUCACAAGAGAAAGUUCAAGUAGCAAUAACAAUAAUAGGAGAAUAACAGAGAGCAUAGUAAGGAUAAAAUUGAUACUAAAGUUUAUGUCAAAGGUUCGAGACCAUAAUAUUUUGAUCAUCCAAGAGCUAUGCAUGAAGAUUCUUAAGGUGCAGCUUUAAGACGAAGAAAUUCCCCAUUAAAAGAACUAGCUGACAAUGAAUACAGACAGAGUAAGCAACACCCACCUACUUAAGGUACCUAAGAUUCAUGGCCUCUUAGAUAAUAAAGAAGUUCACACCAUUAAAAUCAAUAAUUAGGAAGGCAUGAUAAUUAUAUUCCUCAUACAUAACAGCAAUAACCUUCCAAGAAAUAAAAUAAGCCUCCUUCUGAUUAAACUGAUUAAUUCUCAAUGAGAAAUACUUAAGGGUAAUGGCCAUCAAGCAUUGAAAAUUUGAAUAUGUCAAAUAAUAGAAGCACUGGUCAGGGUUUUUAUGGUGGACCAAAUUAGAAUCCAAAUAGAUUUGGCAGAAAUCAGCAGUUGGAAUACACUAAUAGCGGAGUAGAAAAGAAUGAGAUAACCCAAGGUAUGAUUAGUAGUCCUAUUAAGAGCCAUUAUACUGAAUCAUCCCCAGAGAGAUAAACAAUUGGUUUUGGAAAUACUGGAAUCUAAAAUGGCGUUACUGAGCCAUCUAUGAUUGGUGGACCUUAGAAUCUUACCAGAUAUGGAGGUUAUCCACCAAAUGGCAAUGAGAGUGGUGAUCACCUUAUUUUUAGAUCUGAUGGUUUUGAGUAAUCUAGAUAUGGCAACAAUCCGAGUGGAAUAAAUCCAGCUGACUAAAGUAGAUACUCUAGACAUCCAUUUGUAUAGUAGCAAAAUAAUCCUAAUCAGCAAACUCCAUAUCAUUACAAUCCAAAUAAGACUCAAGGUGAUGUCAAUUCCUCAACAUUUAGUGGUGGAGGAGGUUUCACUAAUAGAAUGCAAGAUCAAUCAACCUAUUACCACAAUAGAAAUAACAAUACUUAAAAUCCAUUUGCAAAGAACUAACAGCCCAAUCAAAGCUUCCUCUCUAACUAUCCAAGAUAAUAGAAUGAACUACCUUAUAAAAGACAAGAGUAGUCUGAGAUACAUGAUAAUCCAAAUCAUCAAGCAAGAUAAAAUGAAUGGGUAGGGAAUUACUAAAUGAGUGAUCAGCUAAAGAAAGAGAGAGAUUUAAAGUAACUUGCUGAGUCAAACUCUUACACCUACACUCUUUAAAACCCAAUAAGUAAUUAACCAAGUGACAGAGCUCCAAGAAAUCAAGAUAACCCAAGCAAGAGAGGCAAAAAUAUGAUACAUAGUAUAGAUGAGGAUGCUGAUCAGGAGUCAGAGAUUAGCAAUUACUCACAGGCUGAAGAGUUCAAGAAUAUCAAAAAUCAGCCAUAUAUCCCAGAUCAGCAAUCAGAGAGAUUUAUAAAUCCACCAGUUUAAGACUACUAGUAUCAAAAUAGAAAUGUAGAGCCCUAUGUGCCAUAAAGAUAAGGAUAAAUAAGUCAAUAUAAUAACCCAAAUGUCUAAAUGCUUCAAAGUGAAGACAUCAGUGGUAGAUAUAAUAACAGACAAGGGAGAUAAAUCUAGCCUCCUCCAUACUAAAACCAAUUUGAUGGCCGAUAAAAUCAUUAAGUUGAUGAUAUAACUGAUUCAGAUUAUUCAGAUAAUCAAGAUGAAGAAAAGGAUGAUAGUGAGGAUUUCUCAGAUGAUGACGAUGAGGAAAAAUCUUCAUACAAGGACGGCAGCUAAACUUCCAAUGAUGAUUAAUAUAGUUAGUCCUCUUAUCAAGAAUCAAGAUCUAGACUAUAAACUCAAACUGCUGCAUCUAAUUUUUACUAAGGAAAGGGAAGAGACGAUACAAGAUAAUUUGGAGGAUACUAAGAUAACUCCAGAAGAUAAGAUCAUCCUUCAGCCACUUAGUAAUACAGCAAUAACUAGAAUUACAUGCAGAACAGAACUCACCACUACUGA